UUUGGAGGAAAAUUCGUCCCAGGGUAUGCAAAUGGUGGAGAUUGUCCUCCAGUAGCUGCUUGGGAAAGGGCUUGUUGCUUUGGAGGCCCUGAGGUCUGAAAAUACCUCAUUGGAGCUGCAGGGGCCUCAUCUGACAGGCUCGUUGCCGUAACCCCAUGCAGAGCAUUCUGUGUGUCAUUACAGAGCCCUCAAUUAAUGCUUGUUUGUGAAGGCGCGAAUGCAGGCACUCCAGGCCCUCUCCGUCCCUGUGUCUUGAUUAGCAGAUGGACCCUGUGAGGGAGGAGAACUCACAAGGCACAGCUGUCCUCUCCAGUUUCUGUGGGCUCUUUCCCCUCAGUAUGGGAUUCCAGCACCUUCCACAGAGUUCCACUCCUAGCUCAGCAGUGAGCGCUGAGUGUGGGAGAGGAGGGGGUUCUGCUGCAUCUGAGCCUCAGGAAACAAGCCGUCACAGAAUGUUUUGAACGGGCAGAGGAGGUCCACCCGGACACACAUGUGGAGAAACUGAGUGGUUCAUCCAUGAAGACACACAGCCUGGGCUGAAGGCGGCCGUGCAGAUUCAGAGGGUGGCCAUGCCGGUGCCUGCACUGGGUGUCCCUGAGCUGGGGAUGGCCGGGGAUUCUGAUGUAGCUCUGCUUGCCCAGGACCCCGCCUGGCUCCAGAAGGAGAGCACAGAGGAGGAAGCCGGGGCGCGGGGCGUACUGAUCACCUGUCUUCAGGAACCCGUCACCUUUGCUGAUGUGGCUGUGUUGUUCACCCCAGAGGAGUGGAUGUUUUUAGACUCUGCCCAGAGAAGCCUGUACAGAGAUGUGAUGCUGGAGAACUAUAGGAACUUGGCCUCCGUGGGUAAAGACAGGCUCAUUGCUUCAUCUACACACUCCUGCAACACCUAUGCAUCCCCAGAGAUGUGCUGGUUUGGGAAAUCAAGAGGAGCAGGAGAUCAGCUAGGCAAACCCAGUAUGCUUUCCCUUUCGGAGCCAGGAGAAGAGCUGUGGGCCCCUGAGAGAAGAACCUUCCCAGGAACCCGUCCAGAACCUCAGCAUCAACCCCAAGAUUCAGUUUCUCACCCAGAUAUUUUUGCAGAGAGUCCAUCCACUGGCAUGAAAAGGGAGCAACCUCAGACUGGAGAAAAACUCUAUAAUUACAGUGAACUUGGGGAACCCUUUCACGGCAUCAAACCGCUUUUUCAGUACCAGAGAAUUCACGCUGGAGGUGACCCCUGUGAAUGCCACGAGGGUGGAAAAUCCUUCUUCCAACCCGCUCACCUAAUUGUGCCAGACAAAAUCCAUCGUGGGGACAAAACCUACGUGUGUAGCAAAUGUGAGAAAUCCUUCAGAUACAGCUCCGACCUGAUCAGGCAUGAGAAGACUCAUACCGCGGAGAAGUGCUUUGAAUGUCAGGAGUGUCGGCAAGCCUUCAAGUAUUCCUCAAAUCUGCGGCGCCACCUGAGGACUCACACUGGAGAGAAGCCUUUCGAAUGUGCUCAGUGUGGGAAAACCUUCACUAGGAACUUUAACCUAAUUCUGCACCAGCGAAACCACACGGGCGAGAAGCCCUACGAAUGUAAGGACUGUGGGAAAGCGUUUAAUCAGCCAUCCUCUCUGAGGAGCCACGUGAGGACUCAUACAGGAGAGAAGCCCUUUGGGUGCAGUCAGUGCGGGAAGGCCUUCAGGGAGCACUCGUCGCUGAAGACACACCUGCGCACUCACACCAGGGAGAAGCCGUAUGCGUGUAACCAGUGUGGGAAGCCCUUCCGGACGAGCACUCAUCUGAACGUCCACAAAAGGAUACACACCGGGGAGAAACUGUAUGAGUGCGCUACUUGUGGGCAGGUCUUGAGUCGCCUCUCAACGCUCAAGAGUCACAUGCGAACUCACACGGGAGAGAAGCCCUAUGUGUGUCAGGAAUGUGGGCGAGCCUUCAGUGAACCUUCAUCCCUCAGGAAACAUGCAAGGACGCACACUGGCAAGAAGCCCUACGCCUGUCAGGAAUGUGGGCGAGCCUUUGGUCAGUCUUCACACCUUAUUGUGCACGUGAGGACUCACACUGCAGGGAAACCCUAUGAAUGCAAUCAGUGUGAGAAAGCCUUCAGGCACAGCUCUUCACUUACUGUGCAUAAAAGAAUUCAUGCCGGGAGAGAGAACGUUAGGAAUGGUGGCCUGGCUUUAUCAGUGUCCCAUCUGCAUAGUGGGCCCCUUGCUGAGUGACUUCCAAGUUUUAAAAAUAUAUGUGUUCCAGGCUAUAAUCAUCUCUUGUAGUACUUGUUUUAGCUACAUCACAUGUUUUGAUACAUAUUUUCAUUUUGGUUGAAAUCCGAAUAUUGUCUUAGUUUCUAUUAUCACUUAUUCUUUGGCCUGUGAGUUAUUUAUAAUUAGAUUUUAAAACAACAGGACAUAAGUAUAUUUUUAUAGAGGUAUAAUUACUUAUAGUGAAAUACAUAGAUCUUAAGUGUAUAGUUGGAGGACUCUGACAAGUGCAUACAUAUGUAUAUGUAACCAAUAUGCCAUUUAAGAUAUAGAACAUUUCUGUGCUUCUGGAAAGUUCCUGCAUGUAUAUGGGUGGGUGGUUUUUUUUUUUUUUAUUUUACAAAUUUUUGUUGGUUUCUAAUUUAAUUUCAUUGUGAGCAG